AUGGAAUCACCCGCACUCUCAGGAAGAAUGGCACGAUGGCAGAUCUUAUUGUCUAAGUAUGACAUCUUGUAUGUGAGUCAAAAGUCGAUAAAAGGAAGCACGAUAGCUGACUUCUUAGUAAGUCGAGCAAUGGAAGAAUACGAGUCUUUGAUAUUUGAUUUCCCAAAUGAAGACUUGAUGUGCAUUUCAAAAAAAGAGGGCAAGUCAUCAAUAGAGAAAUCAUGGAAGAUGAGCUUUAAUGGUGCAUUGAAUGCAUUGGGGCAUGGGAUCGGAGCAGUCUUAGUGUCACUGGAAAUGGACCAUUACCCACUCACUGCUAGAUUGAAUUUCUCCUAUACCAAUAAUAUAACGGAGUAUGAAGCUUUCAUCAUGGGACUCCGUGCAGCUAUCGAGAGGAAAAUCAAAAUCUUAGAGUUUCGUGAUCUCGUGGUAGAAUUGGUCAAAGAAUUGAAAGAAGUGACUUUUCACUACUUCCCACGAGAAGAAAACCAGUUGGCUGGUGCUUUGGCCACCUUGGCUUCAAUGUUCAAAGCAAACAGAGAAACCGAAAUAAUGCCUAUCCAAAUGAGCAUAUAUGAGACCCUCGCACACUAUUUUAGCAUUGAGGAGGAGUCAGACGGACGACCAUGGUUCCAUGAUAUCUUGGAGUAUAUCAAGAAUCAAAAGUACCCCGAGCAAGCAAAUGAGAAUGACAACAGAACUCUUAGGAGAAUGGCAAUUGGAUUUGUUCUUGACGAGGAUAUCCUAUACAAAAGAGGAAAAGAUCAAGUGCUCCCGAGAUGCGUGGACGCUAUUGAUGCUAGAAAUAUACUUGAGGAGGUUCACGAAGGAAUUUGUGGAAUGCAUGCCAGUGGUUUCACUAUGGCCGGACAGAUUAUGAGACUUGGUUAUUUUUGGCUGACGAUGGAAAGGGAUUGCAUUGGAUAUGCACGAAAGUGUCAUAAGUGUCAAAUUUACGGCGAUAAAAUUCAUGCAGCUCCUUCACCCCUUUAUGUCAUGACUUCUCUAUGGCCUUUUUCUAUGUGGGGCAUGGAUAUAAAGCAUCAUAAUUCUUCACCCUAUCACCGGAAGAUGAAUGGAGCAGUGGAAGCGACUAAUAAGAACAUUAAGAGGAUUAUCAGGAAGAUGAAUGAGACAUAUAAAGACUGGCACGAGAAGCUACCAUUUUCUUUGUACGCAUACCGCACCUCUAUGCGAACAUCUACGAGGGCAACUCAUUUUUCUCUAGUCUACGGAAUGGAAGUUGUUCUGCCCAUUGAAGUGGAGAUCCCAUCCCUACGUGUCUUGAUGGAAUCAAAACUAGAAGAAUCCGAAUGGGUUCGAGCUAGAUAUGAUCAGCUAAAUCUUAUUGAGGGAAACCCUUGA